AUGGAUGCGCCUCAGCGAUCUGUGGAGUCGCUGACGCCACUGGUGGGUGACUGCGAGGUGGUGUUGCAGCGACCCGUCAGCUAUGAGCCACCCAUGUACCUCUUCCCAGAGCUACUCCCCAAAGUGCCGGAAGGCACGGCGCCCAUUUCCGUGAGCGACGCGGUCGCCGAUGCCGUCGAUGUGGAGGCAUCCUCCCUUAACAUCGCCGAGUUGUUCCGUCUGCCUUCCAUGGAGUUCGGCGCAGGCGGGCCACGGCGGAGCGAGGCGGAUGUGGCGUCACCGACGGGCGACACGCCGACACCGACGCCUGUGACGUCGCUGGCGUCGCUGUUGGCGUCCAACCGCCUGCAAGCAGCAGGGAUCUCGGCGGAGGUGCUGCAGCGCGGGAGGUUCUCCUCCGGCGCCAUCGUGGAGGAGCUGCUCAAACUCAAGGACCUCGCAGAGCUAAACGAGAAUGAGGCGAGUGCCCUCAUGUCAAACCAUUUCAUCAACCUCCUCGCCUGGCUUAGGCUCGUCGACAUCAACAGUCAGCGCCCGUGCGGCGCAGGGAAGGAGCCAUCGCCAGCGUUGCCGCAGCAAAAUGAGGAAUCGCGACAAGCGAAAGAGACACAGGACGCCGAGGUUGCGACACUACAGCCGUCGAGUGAUCCGUGGAGUCAUGAGAUUGAUCAACACCCUGGUGUCUUUGUAGCUGCCGCAGAGCGCAACGUGGAGCGGCGUGUAGAGCUUCUUGAGACGCUCCGCGUCCUUUAUGGCCGUUCGUGGCGAACGCUACAAUCGCAAGGAGUGCAGACAGAACGUUUUGCACCGGGCGCAAUCAACGAGACGUCGCCGUACGUGGACCCGGUGAAACUCCCCGGCGCCAUGCUGGACCCCCGGGAGGACCUCGGAUGGUCACCGCGAACGACGGAAAUGGGCGCGGGCUCCCGCUGGGUUCUGCGCGUGACGUCAUCCUGCACGACGGCCUCCGAAGUGAUUCCGCUGCAUGGGCGCUUCACGAACUUUGGUCGAAGCGCCGGUACAACAAGCGCCGCGCACGGCCAUGUGGCUCACAUCCACUUCGGCCUCUCGGCCUUCACCGCCCACCCCGAGUUCCUUUCCCCCCAUCACUUCUCUCUGGCGUUUCUCCCGGUGAAUUUCACAUUCUCUGGUCAAAAGUCUGGUGCCGCAGCGCAGCACAAGGAGGGUGGCGCCCAGGAGAAUGGAAAGGGGGAGGAAUGUCUGUGGCUUAUCAAUUACGGACGUAACGGUACUCUCGUUGUGGGAAAGAAGUGGGCAUUGGGUAAAGUAGUGAAGGUUGGUGUGGGGGAUGUUCUUCAGCCCACCGAUGAUGUUCGUAUCGUCAUUAGCACCCCUUUGGAGCAACCAGAGGAUGGUGAGGAAAAGGUGGUGAAGGUGACAGAGGUGAAACAGGAACCCGUGACGGCGAUGGAGGAAUAG